CUACACUAUACUCACAUCCUCGGAAGGAUAGAACUCAUUUUGGAGACUUUCUUGCAUUAAAUAUUUAGUAAUAAUUUUUUUUUAAGCUAUAGACAAAUUUGAAGAAGAUGGCUCAUUUAAUCUGCCUGACAAUGGCUGUGAUCAUCAUUGUGAUUCUGCAUGAAGGUUAUGGAAAGCCCUUAUCCAGCCCUAGUCCCUCCUCCUCUCUGGGUCAAAUGCAGCCCCAUGUGCGGGUCAAGCGCUGCUCCUGUAACAGCUGGGAGGAUAGGGAGUGCAUAUACUUCUGCCACCUGGACAUUAUCUGGGUCAACACGCCAAGUAAGCUCCUGCCUUACGGUUUGGGCAGUCCCACGUCUCGCCGUCGCCGCUCGCCCCAACGCUGCCAGUGCGCCGAUCCCGGUGACUCCACAUGCUCCGCCUUCUGCCACAACAGAUCAGAAAACGCCCAAACAGACUCAACCAAGACACGUCAAGAAUCUACAAGGUUAUCAAGGAGCAAGCUACUGCAAUCUCUCAGAUCCGUGGUCAAGUCCAACUCAAAGAAGCUAGCAUCCAAACAGCACCAAACCAAGAUCCAACUGCUACAAAGCUCAACAAUAAGAUAGAGGACACGAUACUUUGGGACACGAUUCAUGGAGUAAAAUCCUCAUAUUUGGACCACAACGUUUUUGUAACAAAGUGGAUCUAAAUGAAGAACCCCCAGGCCCAAAGCUCCAGGAGAGAAGGUCCAAGGAACAGGCCAAGAGCAGUGGAGAUGACAGCCAUUUUGAGAACAUUUCAUGGAACUAUUUUAAAGUGAGGAAGCCAUCACUAACUUCUACUAUGGACUUGUGUCUAUGGAUGUCUAUGGAACAUUUUCUUUUGAUAUUAAUUCAUUUUGUAUGGACACUAAAUAGUAGUCUUCACAAUGUUUGUACAAUUUAUAUACAGUGUUAACAGUUCAUCUGAAGCGGAAUUAUCUAGGAUCAGCAGUGGCACAGUGGGUUGAGUGUAUUCUCAGCAACCACAUAGUUGCCGGUUCAGACCUCUACUGUGCUCACUCCAGUCACAGCAUGUGUGGCUGGUUGAAACAGGGCAUCAAGUAUAAAAAGCUAUAAAUCAAUCAAUAUAGCAUUAAAAUACACAUGCCACAACACACAGCCAUAGUUGUGUUCACAUAAGACACUCAGUUGUAUGGGUUGAAUAUUCCUCUGUAUCAGAGUGCAUUGUUCUGCUUAAUAUUUGGGCUUGUCUAUAUCAGGUCGUUCUUGAAAAUGGCAGCUUUUUUUCAGAAUAGUGCCUUUUUUUUUUUUUUUUUUUUUUUUUUUUUAAUACAUUUGUAUAACAUUUUCUCCAUGUCCAUUCUCCCUCUGUAUCGGUAAAAUUCCAGCUCCUGUAGUCCAUUGUAUUGGGCUUGUUUGUUAGCACUGCUGCUGUUUUGGUUGAAGAUAAGCCAGCAGGUUGGAAUGAACCAUAAAACACAAUGGUAUCUUAAUUCCUCAGUAAUUAUCCACGUGACAUGAAGACUGUGUCCAUCUGCCCCAAAGGACUAAAAACAGGAAAUGGAAGCCCACAUUCCUCCUCUGAUCCCAGUAUUUUAGAUGAAUAGGUCGCUGUUGAAAGCAAAGACUGUACAUAGACUGCAUUAUUUAUUGCCUUAACUUAUUAUAGAGUAUAUUUAUAACUGUAUGAAU